GUCUGGGGGUUUUAAGGAGGGUUUAAAGUCUUAGCGGUGCUUUUUUGGGAUGUGUAAUUUUAAAAAAAACAAGCUCCGAGUUGUCUCAGAACAAUUGCUCUUUUUUUUUUUUUUUUAAGGCCUGCUGCAACACCGACUGGGUGGCCAACUUGACGUGUAGGUCACCUUAUAAACAGUUAAAGUUAGCGGGUUAAAAAGUGGUAAAAAAGGCGACAGAUAAUGAAAAAGACAGGCUUUAACGCGCACCCACGAUGAGCAAUGGGUGGCUGUUAUUAUUGUUUGUUUCCGUGCAUUUGACUGCUGGGGGUGUGUGUGUGCGGUGGGGGUGGUGGUGGAGGGGAUAUCGCUCCACAAAUGUGACCUGAAGUCGGUUAGAAACACAACUCCUGUGCGCGGCAUUAACGCCGACAUCGAGGCUGCAGUGCGCCUGCAGUCUACUACACAUUUACGCGUCGCUAAAUAAACCCAAGUUGAAUCUCUCACGCCCACCCGGACACACAGAUGCGUCUCAGCACGCGGCCGCUUGCUGUCAACAAAAACAGCAAAACACACACAAAAAAAAAAAAGUGUGCACCCUCACGAGACUCACAAACAGAAUUAAAAAUGCGACACACACACAUGUAGUGUAAUGAAACAGGGACUUUACAGAAGCCGCCGCUGUGAACUUGGUGCACAUGUAGUUGUGAGGAGGACUGUUGCAGUGACGCGGCUGUGCAAUAACAAAGAGUAAAGAUCAGAUUACAGCAUUAUCUGAAAGCGGCUCCUAUUCGGGUUUAAAACAAAAGAACGGGAGGUGGGGUUUUUUUUUGCUUUCGGAAACGUGUUUGGCGUUAGUUAGGUGUGGGGUAAAGUCGAAGGCAUCGUCGAGCAGAGGACGUUCAUCAUAAAAUGGGUGCGCAUGAAGCAGGUCGUGUGGCAUGCCAUGCUUUCCUCGCGCUGGAGUGGGCGGUGAAAUUAGGCGACUUGCACUUUUCUCUCGAUAAAAACAAGUGGAUUCCUCGGUGUCUUCUUUUAUUUUAAAAAGCCGGGGCGUUGUUCGGACGCGUCCCGACUGCUUUCGGUCGGAUUUUUACAGUUUACUUUUAUUAUUACAGGGGUUUUUAUUUUUUUGUUGCGGAAAAUCGCAUCACACCCCCUUUCUCCACACACUGCCUCCGCCUUUGAAGUGUGUUGCCAUGUUGCGUUGCGUCACGUACUGUAUUCUGCUGCAGAGAUCGUCUGUCGGUUCGCAGAUGAGACACUCAUCGGCUCAGAAUCAGAACCAGAACCACUUUUUAUUGGCCAGAUGUUUGGCUUUCAUAAGCCAAAAAUGUACAGGAGUUUGGACGGCUGCUGCAUCUGCCGGGCAAAGUCUUCAAGCUCUCGUUUCACGGACAGCAAGCGGUAUGAGAAAGACUUCAGGAGCUGUUUUGGACUGAGUGAAACGCGAUCUGGAGAAAUCUGUAACGCCUGUGUGCUCCUGGUGAAACGAUGGAAAAAGCUACCGGUGGGAACCAAGAAGAACUGGAACCAUGUUGUGGAUGCCAGAGGAGGUCCCAGCCUAAAGAUAACUUCCAGGCCCAAGAAGAUAAAGUCCAUCUCCAAGAAAGCGCGACCGAGUCAGAUCAGCAGGCUGCAGAAGGAGCUGAAAAGAAACAAUUCAGAUGCCCACAGCACCACCUCCAGUGCCUCUCCUGCUCAGUCUCCGAGCUACAGCAACCUGUCAGACGACGGAUCAGACACAGAGCUCAGUCCGGGAUCCAGCCGCUCCCCGGUUUUCUCAUUUCUGGACCUAACAUACUGGAAGAGGCAAAAGGUGUGCUGUGGAAUAAUCUACAAGGGACGCUUCGGGGAGGUGCUCAUCGACCCCCAUUUGUUCAAACCGUGCUGCCGCAACAAACAACGGCAGCAGCAGCGACAGGAGGAGGAGGAGGAGGAAGAGGAGGAUGAUGAGGAAGACGAGGAGGAGGAGGUGGAAGUAGAGGAGAGCCAGGUGGGCGUGGGUGUCGGCGGGCAGAAAUCCCAGACGGAAGAGGAAGUGAAGGAGACGCAGACGUGUGAGGAAAACGCCGAGCCUGCUCAGCUAUGCGUUACCGUGACAACGCCGACUGUGGAGGAAGGGUGGUGAAGUCAAACACCUUGCACACAUCUCUGAAGAAAUCUUGGGGUGCUGGGGUUUUUUUUUGUUUUCUCUCUCUCAAGCACUUACAGAAAGAAGUUGCCUCAGAUUGCCUUCAAUCAUAAAGCAGCUGUAAAUCCUUCGGUCUUCUCCGUAAUAAUGUUGGAGGUUUGUUUUGUUAUUUUUAAACGGUAAUUUAAGGACUGUUGUGUUUCCACUUUGUCUCUUGUUUUUUUUUUGUAUUUAAUAUUCUUACCAUCCUGACGAUGGACCAUGGUGUUUUUUGAUGGACUUUAGAUGAAAUGCUGGAGCUCUAGUUUGCUGGUACAUUUUACAAGAUUUUAUUCCAAAACGCAAUAGAUCCACUUACUUACAGAAACAAAACAAAAACAAAACAAAAGGUGCUACUUGAAAUUCAUUACUCAACAUUUUCAGCAGAUUCAACUCAUUCUCAAUGUGGAUAUUUUAUGAGCAUAUACUGUAUGUUAAGAAGACUAAUAUACUGAGAUUAAUUUUGCUUUCGUUAGCAAGUAGACUGCUCUUUUCUUUUUUUUUAAAUGGUGGAUAUCUCGUUUUGGAAUGAAUGACACUUUACAUUGACAGAGCACAGACCUGUACAGUAUCCCUUGUGUUUGUGUAUAUUCACAUUGACAUCCACUCCUAUCAAAGAGUUUGUGUUUGUAGACUGGAUUAGUGUCUCUGUGUGCAAAUACGUAUGUGGGUCCCAUUUAAAUAAGGCCUAUUCACAGCUUCAACAGCAAAUACACCAGCCUUAAUUAUGUGUUACAGACAGCGCUAGUGUUAAUUCUGGAUUGGUAUUAAGGAACAAAAAAGGGACAGUAGCUAUAUUUAUUGUGGCCUCAGCAACACAUAGUGCAUUUUUUGCAUGAAUGGCAAGCCCACUCAUCCAAAAGACCUAAUGAUCUGAUGCAUGAGUCUACUAAAAUUGCAUGGCCUUAUAUAAACUGUAAAUCUUACUUUUAUUUUUUUGGAUCCAUUUCUCUGAAGUUUUAACUUAUUUUUAUAUGUAAAAAAAAAAAGAAAAACAGAAAAAGGAAAAACAAAAGUGUCUUUGCAUAAUAAUACCACACAAUACAACAGCAAAACACACAAUCGGUCUAUAGUCAUUCAGCAAUAUCAGUAUCAGUGAUUUCCGUCAUUCCCGGGUCAGUGUAUGGUAAAAUACUUUAUACAAACUAAAAUUCUAUGCCAUUGCCUCUUAUAUACCACAAAUGUGUUGUGAUAUAUAUAUCCUAAUAUUACUUUAUUUAUCAAAUUAAAGCCAAAGCACAUUGAAAUUCACCCAAUGUUAAAUCAAUGCAGGUUUUCUAUGGACACUUGUGCUUGUCCGAGGUCAUUUGUAUGUAUGUUUAUGGUAUUCUAAAAAGAACACUAAUAUGAAAUUUCAUACAUGAUGUUGUAGUUGGGAGCAGAGGGUGUGUUUUGUACAUAGGGGCUGGGUGAGCCACGUGGCUUUCGGGUUUCAUUAUUUAUUUAUUUCAUAUUUAUUUGUAUCACUGCAUCCCUGCUUAGAAGUGUAAUACUAUGAAUUUCUUUCAUCUUUAGCUUAUACGUAGUAUGGUUUUGUACAUCAGAAAUCGAUGUAAUUCUCACGCAGGCUUUGUUUAACACUGCGUUGAAUUACUGGAUGUCAAUAUUUGUGAAACGUUAAAUAUUUAUUUACUCAUCAGUUGAGUUGCGUGCAACCUAACUUAUUCUGUAUCAUCACUUUGAAUCUGUAUCAUGUAGACUGAAACGAAUGAUAGAUUGCAACCAAACUGUGCUUUUUGCCCUUUUAGCCUGUAGCUUAAAAAUGUUACAGAACAGUAGGAUAUCUAACUCUAGACUUGCAUGUAUUGUUGCUAUGCAUUUACUUAGCUUACAAGUUAGACAAAGCAGUUUUGUAUUUUUUAUACAUCAUGUACUUUUUUUACAUGUCCCUUAAUAAAAGUAAUUUUGUGAGUUUUUCUGGAA